AUGGAGCUGGACCGCAUGACGGCCGGCGGCCUCCACGCCUACCCCGGCCCGGCCGCCAAGCCCAACGUGGUCCUGCAGAUCGGCAAGUGCCGGGCCGAGAUGCUGGAGCACGUCCGCCGCACGCACCGCCACCUGCUGACCGAGGUGUCCCGGCAGGUGGAGCGCGAGCUCAAGGGGCUGCACCGCUCGGUGGGCAAGCUGGAGAGCAACCUGGACGGCUACGUGCCCGCGGGCGACUCGCAGCGCUGGAAGAGGUCCAUCAAGGCCUGCCUGAGCCGCUGCCAGGAGACCGUGGCGCACCUGGAGCGCUGGGUCAAGCGCGAGAUCCACGUGUGGCGCGAGGUCUUCUACCGGCUGGAGCGCUGGGCCGACCGGCUGGAGGCCGCGGGCGCCAAGUACCCGGUGGGCGGCGAGCCGGCCCGCCAGCACGCCGUGCCCGCGGGCCUGGGGGUCCCCGACGCCUACGACUGCCCGGUCAGCCCCUACGCGCUCACCUCGCCGCCGGCGCAGGGGCAGCUGCAGGCGCAGGACUACCCGCCCUGGGACGAGGACGACGAGCCCGCCAGCCCCGGCGUGGACACGCAGGUCUUCGAGGACCCCCGCGAGUUCCUCAGCCACCUGGAGGACUACCUGCGCCAGGUGGGCGGCUCCGAGGAGUACUGGCUCUCGCAGAUCCAGAACCACAUGAACGGGCCGGCCAAGAAGUGGUGGGAGUUCAAGCAGGGCUCCGUCAAGAACUGGGUGGACUUCAAGAAGGAGUUCCUGCAGUACAGCGAGGGCACGCUGUCCCGCGAGGCCAUCCAGCGCGAGCUGGACCUGCCGCAGAAGCAGGGCGAGCCCCUGGACCAGUUCCUCUGGCGCAAGCGGGACCUGUACCAGACGCUCUACGUGGACGCCGACGAGGAGGAGAUCAUCCAGUACGUGGUGGGCACGCUGCAGCCCAAGCUCAAGCGCUUCCUGCGCCACCCGCUGCCCAAGACGCUGGAGCAGCUCAUCCAGCGGGGCCAGGAGGUGCAGGACGGCCUGGAGCAGGGCCCCGAGCCCGCCGACGACGACGAGGAGGAGGCCGAGGCCGAGGCCGAGGCCGCCCUCACGCCCGCCCUCACGAGCGAGUCCGUGGCCAGUGACCGGACCCAGCCCGAGUAAGGGGCAGCUGCGCCGGCCUGCCCGCCACACCUGGCCACGGC